GGUGCUUGCUGAGCAUGCGCUUGAAACGUCCACUGCGAAAAGAUCUGCUGGCGCCGAAAUGAUUGUCAUUAAUAUGAAAAUACAAACGUAAAGUGAGAACACUGGUUUUUAAAUCGUAUUUCUGCCGAACAUAAAAGCUGAAGUUUGAAGAAAAACGCAGAGAAAGGMUAGGGGAGCGCCGGAAACUGUCCGUCCGUUUUGUCCUACAAGGAGUGUGUCAGCGGCGGGAGGGCCCGAGGUUUGCUGCUGGAGAAGGAGCACAGCUUCAGAGGACUACAUGAGACGAUAAACAUCGUCCUGUCUGUCGAGGGAAACGAGCCUAAACAUGAGAAAGGACGUGAGGAUACUGCUAGUUGGGGAACCCAAAGUGGGGAAGACGUCACUGAUUAUGUCUCUGGUCAGUGAGGAGUUUCCUGAUGAGGUUCCUCUUAGAGCAGAGGAGAUAACGAUUCCAGCYGAUGUCACACCAGAGAGGGUGCCCACACACAUUGUGGACUACUCAGAAGCAGAGCAAUCAGAAGAGCAACUCUAUCAAGAAAUAUCCAAGGCAAACGUUAUCUGCAUAGUUUACUCAGUUAACAACAAGAAGUCGAUUGAAAAGGUGACGAGCCACUGGAUUCCUCUUAUAAAUGACAGAAUAGAUAAGGACAGCAGGGUGCCAUUGAUUCUUGUGGGGAACAARUCUGACCUGGUGGAGCACAGCAGCAUGGAGACCAUCUUGCCCAUCAUGAAUCAGUACCAGGAUAUAGAAACCUGCGUAGAGUGUUCUGCCAAAAAUCUUAAGAACAUCUCUGAGCUCUUCUACUACGCCCAGAAGGCUGUUCUCCACCCGACCGGACCCCUCUACUGCCCGGAGGAGAAGGAGCUGAAAUCUGCCUGUAUUAAGGCUUUAACUAGAAUAUUUAAAGUGUCUGACCUGGACAAUGACGGGAUCCUCAACGAUAAUGAGCUCAACUUCUUUCAGAGAACAUGUUUCAACACACCACUGGCACCCCAGGCCUUAGAGGAUGUGAAGAAUGUGGUGAGGAGGAACAUGACAGAYGGAGUUAAAGACAAUGGACUCACACUUAAAGGCUUCCUGUUCCUGCACACUCUCUUCAUCCAGCGUGGUCGGCAUGAGACCACAUGGACGGUGCUGCGGAGGUUUGGUUACGACGACGACCUGGAGCUCACACAGGAGUACCUGUUCCCCCUGGUAAAGAUUCCUCCUGACUGCACCACCGAGCUGAACCACAACGCUUACCUCUUCCUUCAGAGCGUCUUUGACAAACACGACAAAGACAGAGACUGUGCGUUGUCACCAGAGGAGGUGAAGGACUUGUUCAAAGUGUUCCCCUACAUGCCCUGGGGUCCAGACGUCAACAACACAGUGUGCACCAACGAUAAGGGCUGGAUCACAUACCAGGGAUACCUCUCCCAGUGGACAUUAACAACAUAUUUGGAUGUGCAGCGCAGUUUGGAGUAUUUGGGUUACCUCGGCUACUCAAUCAUCUACGAGCAGGAGUCUCAAGCCGCUGCUAUAACAGUGACUCGGAACAAGCGCAUCGACCUGCAGAAGAAACAGACUCAACGCAGCGUUUUUCGCUGCAAUGUGUUGGGCGCACAAGACAGCGGGAAAAGCGGUUUUCUUCAGGCGUUCCUCGGCAGGAACCUGCAGCGACAGACAUGGAUCAGAGAGGACCACAAGUCAUUUUACGCCAUUAAUACGACCUACGUUUACGGUCAGGAGAAGUACCUGCUGCUCCAUGAGGUGAUGCCAGAUGUCGACUUCCUGUCUGAAACAGACCUGACCUGCGACGUGGUCUGCCUUGUGUACGACAUCAACGAUCCCCGCUCUUUUGAGUACUGUGCUAAAGUAUACAAGCAAUACUUCAUAGACAGCAAGACGCCGUGCGUGGUGAUCGCAGCCAAGUCAGACCUGCAUGAAGUACGGCAGCAACACAGCCUGUCGCCGCACGACUUCUGUCGCAAGCACAAGCUCCACCCACCUCAGUUGUUCACAUGCAACACGACGGACGUGCCCAGCAAAGAGCUCUACACCAGAAUCACCACGAUGGCCAUGUAUCCGCACAUGGCUCAGGUGGACCUGAAGAACUCCACUUUCUGGUUGAGAGCCAGCGUCGGCGCCACGGUGUUCGCCGUGUUGGGCUUCGCCAUGUACAGAGCACUUCUCAAGCAUCGGUGAUCAGGCAGCAUGAAGACAGCUGCUUCUUCCUCCUCUCCUUUUCUCCUCCCUCCUGAAAGACUUUAAAAAAGAAAAAAAAGACUGCCUGACCAACCAACCCUUCCAGCUCAGUACCUCAAACUCCACCUUUUCUCUCAACACAACCAACAAACAAAAGUAUGUUUUAUAUGAGAGCGUGGGGUUUUUGUGUAUUUAUUUUGCGAGCAAAGGAAAAACUGUCAGUCUGUUUUUAAAUACAUUCAAUCUGUGAUAUUUUUUUGUUUUAUUCUCAAUGAGAUUAGAUUAGCAUUAGCCUCUGGAUUAAACGAGCUGAUCAGGUCCUCUGUUCUUCCUCCGGUCUUCGUUUAGACCAGAGAGAAGCAGCUGAACACAGGCCUCACAAAGGGAUUGACUCAGUUUGUAGUUAGACGCAGUAUAUUAUGUAUGUAUGAAUUAGCUGAGCGUCACAGGCCAAAAAAAUACACAUCGACAGGAGUUUUUAGGACAAACAGUGCCACGUCUGUCACCAGAAUGGAUGCUUUGCACUGCAUUUAUUGUUUUUGUUUGUGUGUUAAUUUAUUAACAAGUCUGUUUUUGUAUUCAGUAUUAAAGCUGUCUUCAUAGCUCAUCAUUUACGACCGYUUUUAUUUCAACUUCAGCUUCWUUCUGUUGGAACGGCCAAACCAUGCGCAGGACAUCUCUCCUACUUUAAGUGUUUCUUCACAUUGUUCUCUUUUUUUCAGCAUCUCCAAUAAAGGACUAUUAUCUGGCACA